AUGAGUGAAAUCGAAAACAAACUCAAGUCUGUAUUGAUUAUUGGAGGUACCGGAUUUCUUGGUCUUCAUUUAAUUGAACAAUUUUAUAGACAUUGUCCUGAUGUUUCUAUUAACGUAUUUGAUAUACGCCCAUUACCAGAAAAGAUAUCAAAGUAUUUCACAUUUGAUCCGUCUAAAAUUACAUUCUUCCAAGGGGAUUUAACUUCAGAAAGUGAUGUUGCUGAUGCCAUCACUAAAUCCAAAUGUGAUGUUAUUGUCCAUACUGCCUCACCAAUGCAUGGUUUACCACAAGAGAUUUAUGAGAAAGUCAAUGUCAGAGGUACUAAUAAUUUGAUUGAUGUCGCUAAAAAAUUACACGUCAAAGCAUUAGUUUAUACUUCCUCAGCUGGUGUUAUUUUCAAUGGGCAAGAUGUCAUCAAUGGUGAUGAAACAUGGCCAUAUCCAGAAGUCCACAUGGAUGGUUACAAUGAAACCAAGGCAGCAGCUGAAACUGCGGUGAUGAAUGCCAAUGAUAAUAAUGGUUUACGUACUGUAUGUUUGCGUCCAGCCGGUAUAUUUGGUCCAGGAGAUCGUCAAUUAGUUCCAGGGUUGAGAGCCAGUGCAAAAUUGGGACAACUGAAGUUCCAAUUGGGAGAUAACAACAACUUGUUUGAUUGGUCUUAUGCUGGUAAUGUUGCUGAUGCCCAUGUUUUGGCUGCACAAAAGGUUUUAGAUCCAGAAACAAGGGAUCCUAUCAGUGGAGAAACAUUUUUUGUUACCAAUGAUUCACCAACCUACUUCUGGACUUUGGCAAGAACUGUGUGGAAGAGUGAUGGUUACAUCGACAAUUACUACAUCAAGUUGCCAAGACCAGUAGCAUUGGGUGUAAGUUACAUCAGUGAAUUUGUUGCAAAGAAUCUCUUGAAGAAAGAACCUGGUCUCACACCAUUUAGAGUUAAGAUUGUUUGUGCUAUCAGAUAUCAUAACAUUACCAAGGCAAAGAAAUUAUUAGGAUAUAAACCAGCUGUCGACUUAGAAACUGGUAUUAGAUAUACCUUGGACUGGAUGAAUGAAGAUUUGGAAUAG